UAGACCCAUUGCUGCAAUCAAUAGUAAUUGAAUCACAUGUUGUGAUGUUUCCCUUGGCCAGAUACGCACUAAAUCAUCUCAAGAUUAAAAGCAUUCGGCAAGUUGUGGCAAGACAGAGCCACACAAAACCCUCAGAUUUUCAUGACAAAUAUGGUAAUAUAGUGCUAAUUGGUGGAUGCUCUUUCUGUUUUGUUGGAUAUUUGUUUUACAUAACACAGAUGGGGGUAGAAUGGAACCUUUCUCCUGUUGGCAGAAUUACCCCCAUAGAAUGGAACAAUAACUAACUAUCUCAGAUACCAUAAUGCAGAAUUGUCUCAAAAAAAAAAACUUGUCAUGGAAAUGCUUUGUUACUUAAAUAUGGCAUAACUAAAGAAAUAAAGUUCAUUUAAAAAAA